ACGCCACAGUUUUGCAGUGGUGGGGAAGGCAUACGUCACAGGCAUAAUGGCGGAGGCUGGUUGAGAAGGAGAAUUACUCCGUGAAGCGGCACCGAAACCAACUUCAUCGCUAGCCGACGAGGUUAUCGCCGGUCCAAAAAUGGCCUGCAAUUUCAGCCAGGAAAGAAAAACCGACAAGGAUGGGGCCAACUCCGGUGGCCUAACCUUGGAGGAUUGUGAUAGCAAGAAACAAUUGUUGUCAGCCUCUAGCACGGCCACAUCCAAGCAAAAUGGCGAUCGGGCUGGAUGUGAAGACGAGCAAAUGUCUGAACAAGAUGCUUCAGAUCGGCGGAGGACCGGACUGUCAGACCUAAAAAACUGUAGUACUUCACCGUCGACGCUAACGAAGUCCACAGAGGAGCUGCCAAGGAGAAAUUUUCAGAUUCCGCGAAAGAUCAAGGAGCGGAAAGGACUUCUGCAGCACCUGUCUCCAGAUUCCAGAGAGUUUGAGGAUGUUGUGAAAGUCCUCUCCACCUUUUAUCUGGAUGCAUCCUCCCGUGGGACUUUCACCUACACCAAAGCUUCUCUCAUUCACAAUGAGCUAUUGGAGAAAGAGUUCAUUGAGAAGAAAAGGGAGUUGAAGCAGAAUGGAAGGACGGAGGCAGAACUCACAGAAUCGUAUGCUUUUCUUCUGCCGGAGAAAAAUAAGGUUCACUGGGUCUGUGAAAAGGGUCUAUCUGUCGGACAUUCGCGGAUCACCAUUCUGGGAAGCCCUGGAAAAGGGAUUUACCUCUCAAAAUACUCGGAUUUGUUACAAAUGAAUCCAUUUGAAGUGGGUGCUACUGGAGACAUAAUAAUAUUUAAAGUCAUGAAGGGUAAAGUGAAGACAAUAUUUGAGAACAUGCCCAAGAGUACUCUUGAGCCCUCUCUGAAAUAUGACUGCCAUGUCUAUAAAAAUGCCAGCAAAGUGACCUCAUUAUUGUCCUAUAGGGCCUUUGAACACACUCAGCAAUUCUUGUUUGAAUUUGCAUUUGAUGAGUUACGGUCAAGGCCCCGGCAGGUGUUACCAUAUGCAGUUGUAUCUUUUCAGUACAAAGGCAAGGAGGCGGUCACUGCCGCCCAUAGUAGGUUAAACAGCACUGUGUAUGAAGGCCCAAGGGUUCGCCGGAAAUAUACAGUUUGGAGUGGCUCAUUGGUGAAUAAAAGAGAAGAGGUCUAUCAAGUGCACAUCCGGUCUACAAGUCUCCCUCUUCUUCCCCUCAAACUACCGGAUAAGCUUGAUAUCAAUGUGGCGAUGCACCUCGAUCAAAUAAAGAGAAAGAUCCCAUCUGUUCUGUUGUCGUGGGACACGUACAGCGGAUCACGAGAGGUGUUGAAGUGUGGGAUGUACUGCAGUCUAUAUGAAGUCGCUGGAAAGAGUAAACAGGAAAACAGUCUGUCCGGAUUGCUUCAGCGGCUUGAGAGAGACCGAAUGGUUCUGGUGAAGCCAUUGAUAGACAAAGGAUUUCUGUUCCUUCUCUCGUCCUCGCAUUUGCAAACCACCAAUGAGAGGCGAGGCAGAAAUGACAGGAGCUUGCAGGCGCUUUUUAUCUUCCAAGAGCAAAGGAACAUCUCCAGGUUAAUUCCUAAGAACUCGGCUGUAAACGAAGACCCUCUGGUUCCAUUAGAGCCUAAGGACCCAAUCACCCAUGACCUUGAUGAUUUUGUUCCCGCCCUGCACCACGGUCUCUUCAAAAUGCGUGCCAACGCACCCAAAGACCUUUCUGCGGGGCUGAGACGUCAGGCGUUGGACUACAUAAAGCAACAGGCAAUAGGCUCUAUACGGCCCUUCCAUGUGGCGGAGUACCGACACAGUUUGGAUGACCGUACAAACCUACACCCGGCGCCUCGUCCUAAGAACAUGGACCUGGCGCUAUCCUCUUACAUAAAGGGGCCGACACAUUUCCAGCUUCCUGUGGAGGUGCUGCAGCAGGGUUUAAAGGACAGUAGACCGGUAGUUGAGUCCCCGCCAGCAGGUGGAGAAGAGUACAGCCCCUUGUCAGACUGGGGAGGGUCAGAUAGACAAGUGCCGAGCAGCAGUACACAUGGGGCUUCCCAGUCCAACGGUGCUGCUCAGAGAACACAGGGAGAGUAUGAUAAGGAAAAGAUGGAGAAAUUACUGAAGCUGAUACAGUUACAUAAGCGGACUACAGUGGGGAGCGGGCAAGAAAGAGAGGAAGACUGGGACGCUGCCAGCUUGAAAAGGAGGCUGGAGAGGGAUGGUCCUGGAGGUGUUAGCAAGUAUCUGAGGACCGAUCUGGAGAACGGGGAACCAGGAAGAGUGAUGAUGGACAACAUGGGCCUGUGCGACACGGACCUGCGGGAUCGUGAGACUCAGAGCCCCAAUGUUCGAGACACGCAUACGUUGCUCAAACUCUUCCUCAGCAUGAUCAACAAGAUGGGCCAGAACUCUAAUACUCCUAGUGGUCAGCACAUGAUGCUACCAAAUAGCAUGACGAUGGAUCAGAGUCUCGACCCUGUUGAACCGGCCUCCCACUUUGACCUUGACCUGCGAGCCAGACGUUCUGAAGAGGAGCAGGUUCAGGAUUACUUAGAGGAACAAAUGGAGUUGAGCAGGAGCAGUAUGGAUGUGUACAGUCCUCCCUCCAGUAUGGAGCAGCAGCCGUCCCGUCCAGCAGAAGCAUUGAAUCAGAGCCGCCAUCUGUGGAGAGCGCCCAGCACUGAGGGAGUCAGUGAGGCUUGUCUGAGCGGCGUAGAGAAGCAAGUACCAUCUCCCAGGCGAGUAGUAGACACGAUCCUCGACUGUGAGUUUCAGAAUCUCUGCACGGGCAUCCAGGAACUGAUGGAGGCACAACACAUAAAUUACAUCCCCCAGCCUCCUUUGCCUCGAUGCGAGGAGCAGACCAAUUGGUCAAGCUCGGGCUUCUCUCCUUUUAUCUCAAAUUAUGUCUCUUCGCUGCCUGUGCAUGGCUACGUCAGCAGUCUUUGUGAGAAGAUGAACAGAUUGAUUCGGUCUCCCGGUGCAUCUUUAGAACCUGUGACCGCCGCAUUGCCAGCGCCCACCCCAUUGCCAGCGCCCACCCCUUUACCGUCUGCACCACCCCCUCCUGCCAUGCCGGCUCCUGCUCAACCCAUCUUACCAUCACCACCUACCCCUCAACACACUAAAACAUCAUCUCCGGUGCCUAAAUCUCAGGCUUCCCAGAGCAAGCCGCAAGCUCCCGCACCUACCCCUAAGCAACCUCUGGCUUCAGACAAACGUCGCUCCGGCAAAGUCAAAGAAGUCCAUUUACCUUCAAUAGGAAAAUCAGCUGACCCUAAGGGUACCAACGUUUUGGAAAUUACUACAUGUUCCCCAUCGGCAGGAAGUGCCAGUCAGCUUCCAUGUCCUGCAAUUCCAGAAAUGGCAUUGGACGCAACCCCUGCAGGAACCUCGAGCGCUGUGGGCUGCGACAUUAUGGGACAAAUCCAGCCGGAUGUGUUGAGCACACUGAUGGAGAUCAUGCAGAAGAAUGCAGUGAGGUUCUUCAUUCAGAAAGGAGAUGAGGAAAGUGAACUCUGCUCUGAAAUCAAGGAAUAUUUACAAAGUCUUGGCAACAUCGAUUGCAACCCGCAGACUUACCUGCAGAUGAAAAGUCAACAGAAGUUUAUGAUCAUCAUUCAAAAUGAGGACAUUGCUGCUCAUGUACAUAAGAUCCCCGCACUGGUUUCUCUGAAGAAGUUGCCUACAGUUUAUUUUGCUGGAGUCGACAGCCUGGACGAUGUGAAAAAUCGUACUUACAAUGAGCUUUUUGUGUCAGGCGGUGUCGUUGUGUCGGAUGAGUUCAUUCUAAACCCUGACAAUAUGACACUAGAGAGGCUACAAGCAUUUCUGCAGUUUCUGGAGGGUCAAGGCUCACCCUGGAAGUGGAAAGUGCACUGUAAAACGCAGAAGAAGCUUAAAGAGCUUAGCAGGUUAAACACAGAGGCCCUUGACCUGUUAAACCUGUUGACGGUUUACCAGAAGAAACACUUGGUCGAGUUCCUGCCCUACCAUGAAUGUGACACUCCAUCUAGGCACGCUCCCGAUUUGGAGUGUUUGGUGAAGUUGCAAGCUCAACACACACAGCACAGACACAUCAUCUUUCUUACAGAAAAGCAUGAUAAGACAUUCUCACAGUUUUCCGGUAGUGGAAUUAUUGUUGCGAACAUGAAUGGCAUCAUGAACAACUUCCAGGGUUUGCUCAGCAUUCCAGAAGAAGCAGAGAUUGUCCUGCCUACUCCAGCGGAGCCCGAUGCGGUCGUAGAUGAAGAGGACAUGUCCAUAGACUCCGAAGAUGACAUGGAUAUCACCGAGACUUCCAUUCAGACUGAAAAUGAACUUCGGGAGCAGAUGGUACCUCUGCCCCCUCUUCCUCAGUCCGAUGGCUUCCGCCCUCCUCUCCCUGAUCAGCCCCCCUUGGACCCCGUUAUGAAUCCCCUUAUAGUUCCACAACCUCCCGUCACCUAUCCAGCCCAGAGCUCUUACUCGAUCGAUUAUGCAGCUAUCAAAUCUGCUAUCGCUCAGUAUAAAGCCACCAAUCAGGAGGCCAAUCCUAGGCCUGAUGUGGAGGACCCUCUGGCCAGUUUUGGGGUGAACCCUCACCAGAGCUACCUGUGCCCCAACUCGGCACAGUGGAGCCCUUACUCGGGGUCUCCUGCAUACCACAUGACCUCUGCGUAUUCAUCCCCAGUCAGGGCGGGCUCAAAGUCAUCAGAGUAUGGUCAAAGUGCCACUCUUCAGCCUGCUCCUGCAAACACCUCCACCAUGCCCAUCACCCAGCCACUCACCAUUCACCCAUCCCACCCCGCCUCCUUCCCUCCGCCCCCUGUUAGCACAGUGGAGGUGCCUCUUGUUUCAGAAUCACCCUCCUCUCUUCAGCUCCCCACACCAUCCCUACCGGUUUCGGACUGCGUGGCCCCUGAGACACCAACAGCAGGCAGUGCCAGUGAGCCAGGAUUUGCUGGAUCUAAGGAUGCAAAGAUCAGUGCAUCAUCAUCUACAACUUCAUCCUCCUCCUCUUUUCCAACUACUUUCCCCUCCUUCCCAGAUACAGCUCCUCUCUUUCCAUCCCUUACUCCUAUUCCUCCUGUUCCUCCGCUUUUUAACUGGGGGGUGACACCAGGGUCCCAGCCCAGUUUUGCAACCGGACAAAGUGGAGGAGGGCUCAGCACUAUCCCUGCCACCCAAACCGAGUCCACAGGGACUAAGGAUGGAUCAUGGGUGGGAUCAAGCGAGAUUGGAACCUCUAAUACUCAAGAAGAUGACAGCACACCUGCUCCAGCCACAUCUGCAGUAGGCCUUGUACAGCAGAAAGAAAGUAAAGAGAAAGGCGGUGCGGCGGGAAGUUCGGCACCGAGCAGCAAGGGCAACAGUACUCCAAAGAACUCUCCCUUAGAGGGUCGCGGAGGCAGUCAUACCCCAACCUCCAGGGGCGGCACUUCUAGCAGAGGACUCCUGCCCAUCCCCGGAUCUAACCCGGGGCCUUUGUGUCGAGGUGGGCCGGCUGGCAUGAACGCACGUGGCAACAGCACGUACGGCCCCAGAGGGGGCUUUUCCGGACCUAGUGAUAUGAUGCGUGGAGGCUUCAGGGGUAGAGGAGUACCGCCCAUGCCCAUGAGAUCUAGACCAGGCCGAGGCCAAAUCAGAGGAGGGCCGUGUAACUGGGGCUAUCCACCCGGGAGGGGAGGGGGUGGACGCUCAGACUACUAUUCGGACUACACUUACAACUAAAUGCCAUUUGGGACGUGGUGUGCUCCCGUAAAGACUACUGGCAUUAGGAAUGUACAUAUUUAACUGCAAGAGCACAUCAAAUUGAAAUGUCAUGAUCUGAAAUAAAAAAAAGAAAUCUGGUUUUGUAUAAAUACGGUUUGUGACCCGGACAGUGGCCAGAGAUUCACUGUUUUCAGUAAUGCUCUUCCUAAACUAAAUGUUUGAGAAACCUUGUUCAUACCACUAUAUUUAUAUUGCCAAGAAAUGUAAUUGCCUUUCAAUGUUUCAUUUUUGUUGGGAUUUUCGAAACGAUUUGUGAACAAGACGCAAAGUGCAGACGAUAUUUUUUUAAAGAGGAAAAAGUUGUGUCAUUCUUCAUUUUAGCUGUUCUUUUUUUUACAUUCUUGGUUGUACAGAUGUUCUAUUAAAACAAGGUUGUAUCAAACAUUGUGAUAUUGUGUUCAGUAUUGACAAACGGAUGGGAAUGUGUGAAAUCUUUGUAUAUGUACAUAGUUAUUUAUGAUGCUAUAGCUAUAUAUAUAAACAUCUUGUUACAGAUUUUUUCCCAAUGAGGUGAAUCACUGCCAAAGUUGUUUCUAUAGCGUGAUCUCUGGCACCAUUUAACUUGUGGUUCUACAACCGGCCAGUAGAGGGUGUCAUCUCAUUGGCUCAUGCAAUUUCUUGAAGGGUUUGUGUAUCUGUCGAAAAUGAAACUCUUGUUUAAAUGUUUAAAUCUAUAAUUAAGGGAAGAUUUAUAUAACUUUGAUUUCAUAAAUGACUCUGAAUUCGCCUUUUGUACAUGAUGAACACGAUUAUAAUCAACUAAAGUUUUGUAGAAAAUACAACCUCAGGACAUUUGACAAAUGUUAUUAUUUACCAGAUAAACGGUUGUGUCUGGAAACAAUGACUAAUAUAUUUUUUGUUGCGUGUCAUGUCUAUUUUAAAAUUAGUUGUGAGUUUGAAAAUGUUGGGGCUUUUGGGAUGUGCCUAGACACAAACUGCUCUUCUGCACCCAAAAGUACACCAUAUGUCGAAUUACAAAAAAAGUUUGUUUAUCUUCAAGACAGCAUUGUAAUAUGUAUCAACCAUAACUGAUCAUGCCCAUUACAUAAAUUUAUUCACACAUAAA